AAAGACACGUGUCCAGUGCGAAUGCUCGCAGCUCUCCACUUCGGCUCCUUCGUUUCAGUCUUCGCCCACUCGUCCGACGAGGAAUAAAGAAGUACACACACAUACGCUGAUGAUAGCUUGUAGAUCUCUCUACAGUGGCAGAGUGGACCGCAUUCUGAAAUUAACGAAUUCUUAUUUUGCAUUGAAGCCAGUAACUAACUUUCAGGGAUAUCAAACUUCCCAUGGUUUGAGCUACAAGGUUAUAAUGGGUGGUAGAAAGGAUAAGCAGAAGGUUGGGGAGGGGAACAAAAAGCUCAAAACAACUAUUCCGGUUUGGAGACCAGUCGUUACUCAAGCCAGUUCCUUUGAAGAAUCAGUAAAGGAUGUGAAAAUUGCAUCAGAAGAAGAAAGUCAAGAGCAAGAAAUGCAAGAUAGCACAUCUACCUGCGUUUCAAUUCAGCAAAAUUUGACAGAGAUAGCUAAACCAAUGGUUGAAGUAGCAGAUUCAAGUACAAGUUCAGGUGCAUUGCAGGGUAAUGUAGAAGAUAGAGUUUUAGGAGAAGAAUCAGAGGUUUCUACUGCAAAGCAUUCUAUUUCAGUUGAGGUAGGUGCUUCAUUACUUCGAUUUAUCAAGGGAAAAGGGGGAUCUACACAGAAAAAUAUUGAAGACGAGAUGGGAGUUAGGAUAAUAUUUCCAUCAUCAAAGAUGGAGGAUUCAAUUGUCAUCGAAGGUAUUUCAAUUGAUAGUGUAACUAAAGCUUCAGCAAAGAUCCAAACCGUAAUUGAUGAGGCAGUCAAAAGCCCAAAUCUUGAUUAUUCUCAUUUCAUUUCACUUCCAUUGGCAAUUCAUCCUGAAUUGGUUGAUAAGCUCAAUGCUUUUCAAAACUCCAUACUGGGAUUGAGUGACCCUUGCUUGGAUGAGGAUGUGGAUAGCGAUACCAAUGAAGCUUGCGGUGAGAAUGAAAAUGAAGAUAAGCCAAAUAAAGGACCUGAUGUUGUAUUUGACCUUAAAGCUGAUAACGACAAUGAGCAUGUUAAAGUGACUCUAACCAGCAUACCUCUUGUCUCUUAUGCACCAAAAGAAUCAAAUUCUUCUACUUUAUCUGACCUGGGAAUUGACAAAUCCAUAUUCAUUAAACCAAAAACUUUUCACUUAACUGUUCUCAUGUUGAAGUUGUGGAACAAAGAUCGUGUUCGUGCAGCUGCUGAGGUUUUGCAGAGCAUCUCGACAAAAGUGAUGGAUGCCUUAGAUAAUCGGCCUGUGUCUAUAAGACUUAAAGGGCUGGAUACUAUGAGAGGUUCUUUGGCCAAAGCCCUUGUUGUCUAUGCUCCUGUGGAAGAAAUUGGCAGUGAGGGCCGGCUUUUGCGUGCUUGUCAAAUCAUUAUUGAUGCAUAUGUUGAAGCUGGACUUGUUCUUGAGAAAGAUGCUAAUCAAAAGUUAAAGUUGCAUGCAACAGUGAUUAAUGCAAGGCAUAGGAAGAGGAAGAUAUGGAAAAGAAAGGUUGAUUCCUUUGAUGCACGUUCCAUUUUCAAGCAGUAUGGAUCUGAGGAAUGGGGAGAUUAUGUUAUCCGUGAAGCUCAUCUUUCACAGAGGUUUGUGUUUGAUGAGAAUGGAUAUUAUCAUUGUUGUGCUUCUAUACCAUUUCCUGAAAAUGUUCAAGAAGACUGAAUUUAAUUUAUUUAUUUAUUCGUUUAAACUUGCACUCGUGUAUUGACUAUGGAAAUAUAUAGUUACUUGAUAAAUUUGGCUGAA